AUGAGCUCGCCAUGGUCCUUACUCCUGCAACACGUCUCUCGUAAGAAAACAUUGGUACGACAAGUCAUGGGAACAUCAGCCUUUUCCGCCUUCAACAAUGGCAGUUUUGGCACCGUCAGUCAAGCCAAUGGCAGCAGUCCUGCUGUAAGCCCCCAACAUACUGUCACUGCGAUGGGCAGGUGGUCCAUCCUCAACAAGCAGCUCCCAGCUGUCGACAAGAUCCAGGCGAUUCACAUCUACGAUUUUGAUAAUACCCUCUUCAAAACCCCUUUACCCAAUCCCAAGAUCUGGAACAACCCAACGAUAGGCACACUCUCGAACCCCGAUGCGUUUGUAAACGGUGGAUGGUGGCACGAUUCCCGGAUUCUCGCCGCGACGGGCGAAGGCAUCGCGAAAGAGGAGCCGCGCGCAUGGGAGGGAUGGUGGAACGAGAAGAUUGUCGAGCUCGUCCAACUGAGCACACAACAAAAGGAUGCUUUCUGCGUCCUGUUGACCGGUCGAUCCGAGUCCGGUUUCAGUGAACUGAUUAAGCGGAUAGUAAAGAGCAAGGGUCUCGAGUUCGACAUGGUUUGUCUCAAGCCCGCCGUCGGCCCUGAUAACCAGCAUUUCACCAGCACACUCGACUUCAAGGAGAAAUUUCUCAGAGCUUUGAUGGAAACAUACAGACAUGCGGAGGAGAUUCGUAUCUACGAAGACAGAAUAAAGCACGUCAAGAGCUUUCAGACUUUCUUGGCGAACUUCAACGAGCAACAGAAUACCUCGCCGACGAGAGGCCCGAUCAAUGGGGAAGUGAUUCACGUGGCAGACAUGGCAGCCUAUCUCGACCCGGUGGUGGAAGUGGCCGAGGUUCGGUCCAUUAUCAAAGAUCACAACGCGUCACUGACCAAAAGACGACGCGGCUCCCGAGGCGAGCGCUGGGUGAUCAAAAGACAAGUUUUCUGGACGGGGUAUCUAAUCUCUAGCGCCGACACGCGACGGUUGCUGGACCUGAUGCCAAUCCCCAACUUUCCCGACAGCGAGAUUAAGCUGCAUGCUAAUAACAUCAUGAUUUGCCCUCGUCCUUGUCCGGAGGAUCUGCUCCGGAAAGUCGGUGGUUGGGGCAAGAGGAUGAGCUGGCAAGUCAGUGGCACGGCUUGCUUUGAAGACAACGUCUGGGCUGUUUCUCUGAAGCCUGUCCCUGCAGACGCGUCAUACCACACUGGAAACCCGGUCCCGCUGGUCGUCCUCGCCCUCAGGAGGGGCGCGAGACACGCGGAUGCCGCAAAGAUUCAGCACUGGAAGCCGGUUUCUCCGGAGCAGGCGUUUGUGUUUGAGACAAAGGUUGCCGAGAAAGUGCUGCUGCGCAUUGAUGGGACGAGUCAUAGGGAGGGUUCUUACGACGGCGGCUACUUUAGAGGAGCGAAGAGGAAGCAUACCGCUCAUGAGGAUGAUUUCCGGUCGAGACAGGGGAACCAUCACCACCAUCCUCCGACUGGUCCUGGUGGCGGUGGGAGGAAUUUCAAUAGCAAUAAUAACAACCAAAAUAACUUUCCACAGGUCAGUCGGGGAGGGAAUCGGGGAGGUGGCGGUGGUUUUGGUCGGGGUGGUGGAAGAGGAGGUGGUGGGAACUUCAGGGGCCAACGCGGAGGGGCUCCUAAGGGGGCCCGCGGCGGUCGUGGUGGGGGAGACAGGGGAGGUCAUCACACUCAUCACUACAAGUCGCUUGACGAUGUUGGCGGGAGAGAUAGCCAGGGAGGGUUUGCAGCCAUGUACGAGGAUACACAGCAGCCUAUCCCCAAGGGGCCCUCGAAUCCCUCUAACCCUGGAUUCUACCAUGCGAAUAAUCAGCAAAAUAACAAGUCGAAUAAUAACGGUGGGUAUCAAGGCGGCGGCGGCGGGGGAGGUUAUCAAGCUGGGGGAGGUGACGGGGUAGGAAAUUAUUACUGA